UCUGUCGUUCCCUCCCAGAGCAUGCUGAGCCACACUCACCCAGAGUCAAAGCCUCGAUGCCCCCACCGCCCAAAACCCCACGGUUUGUCACCCAUUAGGAGGGAGGGGGAAACCAAGGCACAGGAGAGACUGCCGCCCCUCUCUGAGGACCCAGGAGCCCCGCCCACAGUGGGUGGGGUCAGCACUGAAGGGGUUAAGCUCGCGGGGAAGUCUGGGGCUCCAGGCGUGGGGGCGGAUCCUGGGGCUCCGCGCUCCUGGUCCGGGAGUGCGGCUGCUGCGGAGGUGGGUGAUGCAGGAGGAGCACCCUUGUGGUCUGAGGAAAUGCCACUACCUGGAGAUUGUGGCCUUAACCCCCAACUUGGCACUGACACACCUGCAACCCAGCAGGAGGUAACCUUGGCUCCCAGCCUGACUCAGCUGAGCCUGGAUCCUACAUGUAGGCGAGAGCUGACUCUGACUCCUGGCCCAGCCAAGCUGACCCCUACCCUAGACCCUAUAAACCAGAUGUAGCUGAUCCUGAGUACCAGCCCAGCCGAGCUGACUCUGGAUCCUGCAUGCCAGCCAGAGUUGACCCUGAGAUCCAACCUGGCCAAGCUGACCCUGGAUCCUGCACACCAGCCAGAGCUGACCCUGAGCCCCAGGCUAGCUGAGCUGACCCCGGGUUCCACAUGCCAUCCAGAGAUGACCCUCUGUCCUGGCUCAACUGAGCUGACCCUGGAGCCUGUGCACUGCCGACCUGAGCUCCUGGAUGCCUGUGCGGACCUCAUCAAUGAGCAGUGGCCCCGCAGCCGCGCCUCCCGCCUGCACUCCUUGGGCCAGUCCUCAGACGCCUUCCCUCUCUGCCUGAUGCUGCUGAGCCCCCACCCCACCCCCGAGGCAGCACCCAUUGUGGUGGGCCAUGCCCGCCUCUCACGAGUGCUGGACCGGCCCCAGAGCCUCCUAGUGGAGACAGUGGUGGUGGCCCGGGCCCUGAGGGGCCGUGGCUUUGGCCGCCGCCUCAUGGAGGGCCUGGAGGUCUUUGCUCACGCCCGGGGCUUCCGCCGACUACACCUUACCACACAUGACCAGCUGCAUUUUUAUGCGCACCUGGGCUACCAGCUGGGUGAGCCUGUGCAGGGCCUGGUCUUCACCAGCCAACGGCUGCCCGCCAACCUGCUCAGUGCCUUCUCCAGAGCCCCCUCCCCCCGGCCACGCUGCAAGGCCCCUAGCCUGACUGCCCAGGCUUCCCCAAGAGCCCCCAAGGGGCCAUCAUUGCCGCCACCUCCUCCCCUGCCUGAGCCCUUGACCACCUCAACCCUACCCCCAGCAGGGUCCCCUCCACAAAGUCUGCUGGAGACACAAUACCAAGACCUGAGAGGAUGCGCCGUAUUCUGGAUGGAGAAAGACAUAUGAGGGCCACCCAGGGCACGGCGCUGUGUUUGUGGAUCAGUUGACUGCCCAGGACAGUACCAGCCUCAGCCCACUGGCCAUACCUCAGCUGCUGGCCCCUGGGGGCAGCUUUAGCUUGAGUGUGUUUCCUGAGUGCCACUGGGGCCAGGAGAUGGCUCCAUGGCUCUGGCUCACAGCUGUCAGUGUGGCUGAAUAAAGGCUUCUGUUGGGUG